CCUUUUUCUCCACUUUUUCUUUUUUUAUCAUUUUAUUUUUUUUCACAAGUAAAACUUUUUUUUUUCUUCUUAUCUUUUAAGCACUCUCAAAAUAAUCCUCCACAGCCAAAAUCACACAAAUUUCCCUGUCCUCCUCAUGUCAACGGAACGGAAAAGCAAAUCAACUUCAACAUCACCUACCAUGAAUGACAGUCAAAGUACACUGAAUAUUAGACAACGAGUGUUUCCUCCUACAGCAUCUUCUUCCACAAACUAUCCACUCGGUAUCUCAUUCCUAUCCACUUCAAAUACAUUAAACGAAAGUGAAGACAUGGCGUAUAUUGAGAAACGAACGGCGCAUAAUGCACUCGAAAGGCAAAGAAGAGAGGGCUUGAAUUCAAAGUUUCAAGAACUCGCUCAUGUCUUGCCUGCUCUACAACAAAUACGUCGACCCAGCAAAAGCAUGAUUGUAGCCAAAUCACUUGAAUUCGUAUCCAAUGCUGUCGAGAGACAGACUGACUUUGAAGAUCAGUUGGAUGCCUUGCGAGUAGAGAACGCUCAACUCCUAAGACAGGCACAGAAUUCCACCAAACGUAUCAAGAAGCAAGUCGAGACAGAUUCAACUAAAACUCAAAAGCAACCUAACCAAACUGUAGUCAAAUCAUCUGCAACAACAACAACAACAACAAGCGGCGCCAUUAUUAAAUCAAGAAGACUCCCUAGUAGAUUGAAACCCCAAUUACGCCAAUCAUCCUUGCCUGUCUCGCUGUUGCCUCCAAAAAUAGCUACCGAAGAACCCGCUGCCACUGCCGCCGCCGCUGCCGCUUCUGCCGCCACCACUACCAUGACUACCGCAUCCGAAGUUGUAUCUGAGAUCAAACCUCAGCAACAGCAGCAUCAGCAUCAGCAUCAGCAUCAGCAGCAAAUAAAGAAGAGACAAAGAGAUGACGAAUCGGUCCAUAGCAACACUAGUAGCAGUAGCAGUAAUCAUCUUCUUUCUCCCAACACAACAAAAGAGAUGGAGACACACAUGAAGAAAAGAAAGCGAAACUACACAACGAAUAGUAACCAUCAGCAACCUCAUCAUCAUCAUUAUCAGCAGCAGCAGCAGCAGCAGCAGCAGCAACAUGCACCUUCUAAUAACCAUAAUGAAGAGAUACAUCGACAGCAGCCCAUGCACCGUCAUAGGUACGGUAGUCAUCAGCCAACCACGAAUGGCUUAGAUAGCAUUAUUACACCUGUCCAGUCUCGACAGAAUAGUAUUACUCCUCUUUCGGACCAAUUACCGCUGCCUUUUGAUAAUGACAAUAAUGAAACCUUAAUUGUUCCUACUCAGUUUGAUAUCACGACAUCACCCUUUGGCACGGAGCAGUACUAUAAUACCUAUGAUCACUUUGAACAUGUUAGUUCAAUUCCUGCUUUACGUACACCAGUGGGUAGAAGUAGUAGUAGCCAUACGAAUAAUGAAGUCACUGUUCUAAGCCAACAACAACCACCACCACCACCCUAUGAGCCAACCUCGCUUGAUAUUUUAAAUUCCAUCAUGCAGGAACAUCAUCAAGACUUGAACACCACUGGUGAGUUCUUUUUAUUGUCACAUGUAGAUGCAUUUACUUAUAUUUUUUUUUUAAAUUUUAGGUGCAAAUUAUUAUUGGCAUCAGUAAAAACAAAAAACUCUUUUUUUUUUCUAUUUCUCCAUUCUCUUUUUCUCCUUUCUUUCACCCGCCCAUUUCUGAUACCCUUUUAGGCCCAACCCUCCUACAACAAAAGAUAUACCUUUUUUUUUUUUUUUUUUUUUUUUUUUUAUUUACUAUUAUGCCAAAAAAAAAAAAAAAAAAAUCUACAUAGUUGGUGUGACUUUGGCUUCAACA